UCUGAUUUUCUCCCCCCACAUAUCUCAGAUAUUAUGACCCUCAAUUUGGCAAACUGGCCCCACCUUCUUCUCUCUUUUUCUCUCAACACCUGAACCUCCAACCACACCAGAACAACUUCCAGCAAAACCAGACACACAACACAGUAUCCCUUUCUGUUUAGGAACAUUCCCCGAAAUUUAAGGUCGGCGUCCCUGAAAACUUACCUGAAGAAGAAGAAAAAACAAAAUGAUUUUAGCAAAUUUCCCCAUAAACCAUAAAAUUGAAACCGGUAUUUUUAAUAUUUCGACCGCCUUACUAUGCUCAGAUAUUUUCCCCUCGAUUUACUUAAUCAGCAAGUCGCAAUGUUCAACUAUAAAUUUUUCUCCCCUCUCAACUUCUCCCUCCAUCUUGCAACACCCCUGUUUUUCUUACAUUUUAUGGAUUCUGAUGAUAAAAUGUUUUCCCCAACAAUACCCACUUCAUCAUCUGCUCCAAUUCCAACUGUAUCGUCUUCCUCUUUCGACACGCCCGUCAUUUUCUCAUCAUACCCGGACCCCUUUUUCUCAACUGGGUUUUCCGUGCCGUCUUCUUUGCCACCACUAUCACCAUCGUCUCUGAAUUUCCAGAGCUUUUCUUCUCCUCCUCCUCAUUUUCCUAAUGUGAUUUCUGAAGGAACACUCGAAAUUGAAAAAAAUCCACGGCCGUUGGAAUGUUUACAGGGUACACCAAUCCCUCCCUUUCUGUCCAAGACUUAUGAUCUUGUUGAUGACCCAGCAAUUAACCUUAUAAUUUCUUGGGGUUCACGAGGCCAAAGCUUUGUGAUUUGGGAUCCUGUAGAUUUUGCUAGGAUUGUUCUUCCUCGGAAUUUCAAGCACAAUAACUUUUCCAGUUUUGUUCGGCAGCUCAAUACUUAUGGUUUUCGUAAGGUUGAUCCUGAUAAGUGGGAGUUUGCGAAUGAGGGAUUUUUGCGUGGAAAGAGACAUUUGUUGAAGAACAUUCACAGGCGAAAAUCUAGUCAAUCUCAGCAACUUACUUCAUAUGGAGUUGGAGGGUCAUCAUGUUCUGAAUCGGGACUAGGAAGUGAGAUAGAGAAGUUGAGGAAAGAGAAGAGCGCGUUAUUGCAAGAGGUUGUUGAACUGCAGGAACAGCAGCGAGGAACUGCAGAGCGCGUAAAAAGCGUGAAGGAUAAGAUUCAGGCUUCAGAGCAGAGACAAAAACAAAUGGUUUCAUUCUUAGCGAAAGUGAUUCAAAACCCGGUGUUUGUAAAGGAAAUGAAAGAACAAACAACACUUGUUUCUCAAUCUCCAAGGAAGUUUCUGAAGCAGACACAGCAAGAAGCAGGUAAUUCUGGUACAUUUAUGGAGGGACAAGUUGUGAAAUACAGACCUGAAUUUCAAUACAUGGGUGAGAUUCCUAUGUCAACUGUUCAGGAUAAUCUCUUGCAGAGUAUUCCUUUUCAAGAUGUAGAUGUUUCGUUGGAUGAUUUAGCGACUUCACAGGAACUUAUGACGAUCCCUGGAUCAUUUGGAGCUGGCCUUCCUAGUUCUGGAAUUAUUCCUGAGUUUUCUCCUGAAAUCGGAAAUAUGGGUUUUGAUCUCAGCACAGAUGUUUCAAGUUGUAGCCCUGAAUUAUGGGGCAACAUUGCCAGCAAUGGCAUUCCUGAUGUUGGAACUUGUUUCCCAGGCGAGUUUUCAGAUGUCUUUGACUUAGGUUCUCUUCAGGCAGCAGGUGUAGGAGUUGAUAAUUGUCUAGGAGAUGAUUCUUCUGCAGGCCACCCUGAGAAUCAAAGCGUUUCACACAAUUGAUGAUACUCCUAGAAAAUCUGAUUCACAGGCUAGCUGAAACCUGAAACCGAGUGCUGCCUUAUGGUGUUUCUAAGCUUAGAUUACUACAUAAUUGAUUGAACGAUUAAUUCCAUCAUUUAAUAUAUAUAUAUUUGCUCCAUAAA